AUCAUCACGGCACCAUUGUAACCUUUAGGAAAUUAAUGUUUUCGUGUAACCAGUUUAAAAGGUAGAGAACGAACGUUUUUGACGAAAUAGUGAUUGACAUCUCUUCAACCAGAACAACGUUAACGACGAUUUCUUCAACUCCCCCACAAGUUACCUGAGAUUUUAUAGUGUACGAACUUGAGUAUUAUCAACACAUUCAUAUAUUCUUGGAAAAUUGGCAGAUAAAAAACAAGAAAAUGAAUUCAACCAACAAACCAUGGACAAUGACGUCAAAGCAUCCCUCGGAGAUGGAUGACGCGGCCAAACAGAAACUAGCCGAGAUGGAAGCCCAGCUAACCAAAUGGAACGUGGAUCCUAAAUUGGCCAACUUCUUCAGCCAACUUAAGAAGGACUCCAUCGUUGCGUGUGGUAACUGCGGUCUUAACGAGGCCGAGCUUGGCGACAGCCGAAAACUGAAACGAUGCGUAAGGUGCAAGACGAUCGGUUACUGUUCGGAAUCUUGUCAAAAAGCAGACUGGCAAAGUAAACACCGACAAAUCUGCUGCGUUCCCACUCUCUCCAACGAAGCCCAAGCGGCACACGACGCUGCUAUGAAGAAUCUCUGUGACACAUUUACCCAGCAGUUGAACUCAGGAAAAGGCCAGGACAAGGAACAACCAACAACCAAAAAUGGCCCAAAAAUGGAAGACAAAAAAUCCGACAUGAAGAUGAUUCCAGCAAUUCAGAUACAAGAUGCAACCCAUCCAAGGACGGAGGUUAACCCCGAACUUUUACGAAUGUACAGAAUUGACAAUUCAAUUUGCAAAUUUAUUGUUAUGCAAACUUCAGUCUGCCGAAGCUAUCCUAGAUGGGCCAACAUCGGGCUCACACCGGAAGUCAAACCCUUCAAACUUGCUCUCGGAAUUAUUGUCGACCGGCGUAAGCCCAACGACAAAAUAAUUUGGAUCCUCGACCCCACCAACGCACAUUUUCACGAGGACCCUGCAAUUCCAUGGGAGUCGAAAAUCUUUCUCGACGUCGGAAUGGAAGUCAUGGCAAAUGUGGGCUACAUGAUCAAGUGCGAGUGUCCCUUACAAAACUGCACGUGCGGGGAUGACUGGAGAAUUGACUUCGUUCGCUGUAAAGAGCUGCCCCUUCAAGAUUGUGGUUAUCCUGAAAUCGUCGACAUUCGAUACCCACGACAUGCCGCGACAUCCUUGGCCUACCAUUUUAAACAAUUUGUGAACGAAGACACAUUCCUAGAGGGGCAGAAGGAGGCUGGGCAAACUUACUUCACUACACUGCAAGAAAUAUCCUCACCGGAUUUACACCGCGCGGAGAGAUUAUGCGGCUACACCGUUUUGGUGUGAAAUCCUCCCCGUUGGUGUAAAUAAGAUUUAGCACCGACACGGUGAGAAUUCAUCCCCAUUCCAUAAUAUCGUUAACACGGUGAUGGUGAUGACCAUUGACACUGAUAAAUUCUCGAUUUUACACUGUUUGGUGAGAUUUAGGAAGCAACUCUGGUGAGGUUUAAAUAAAAAUCGCAUUAAUUAAAAUAAUUUGUGCUGCAUAUUUUUUUAUUGAAAAAACUAAAAAAAUAUUAUAAUAAAUAUUACAUAUGAGGUUCAAUACAAACUAGCUAUAAGUGAUGUCUACAAAUAACAUACAUACCAUCUAAUUUACAAUUAUUUUGAAUUUCCAUAGCGUCAUGAAUUACUAAACUACUGAUGUUAAUUAAUUUAAAGCGGUCCUGUACGGGAGAUAAUUUAUAAGCAAACAAAUUUCGAUAAAAAUAUUUUACUUCUAGUUCCUUAAGCAGUAUUAAACAACAAUUAUCUUCUAAAACAAUAAAUUCAGAAAUUAUGCCGAACUUUGGGAAAACUGGUCCUAUCUCAUAACAUACAACAAAAUUAUAUCUAUAAUUAUACCCUCGAAACCA